UUUUUCUUCUCUAAACUGUUCUGAGACACUGUGCAGUUAGUAUGAGUUCUGUGUAAGCUGAAGUUCAGGAAGUCUGGAGGAGGGGCGAUUUAAGAGCAGCUAUAGGCUUCUUUGUUGUACAGUAGAAGAGGAAAAAGCAUCCACACAGAUACACAUUGCAUCCCAGGAGCAACUUUCCUGUCCUGUCUGAAAACUUCAGAGAAGAGAAGCUAGACCAUCUGUGCUGAGCCGUUUACCAGGAAUUACAUAGAGAACAAGCCUUAAAAAUCAUGGGAUUGAAAGUAUUCCUCAAUUCAGUAUUGACUAGGCUCCUUUUCAUCCUUCAUUCUAUCGUUGGAGUCUGGAGAGUUACUAUUAUAAAAAAUAACAAUAUGUACUGGUUACUGGCUCUUGUGAACAUUCUGCUGUGCAUUGAGAUGGUACUGACACUGAAACUUAAGAAAGGAAGAGGGCUUAAAUGGUUCUCGCCUCCAAUAUUCUGCUAUUUGAUGAGCAUAGUGCCAUCUCUUUGGCUUCUUGAAAUAAACUAUAAACCUGAGGCCUUAAUUGAUAGUAAUAAGACCAUUGAGGACAUCAAAUUGGCAUAUGGCAGUACCUCAGAUGGUGACUUGCUAAACAUACCUAACGUUAUUGCUUCACUGAAUGCAAUUUCCCAAUCCAUAUGGACACUUGGGCUACACCAGACAUUUCUACUGCUUCUGAUUAUUGGAAGGUGGCUUCUUCCCAUUGGUGUUGGAAUAACACGUGACCAGCUAUCUCAGCUUCUUCUCAUGUUCGUGGGAACUGCAGCAGACAUUUUAGAAUUCACUAGCGAGACUAUGGAAGGAGCUGACGUAAGAUCAAACACUAUUUUGGUAUAUACUAUCCUUGCUGUAUGGACAUGGAGUAUGUUACAGUUCCCACUUGACCUGGCUGUAAAAAACAUUGGGUGCCAGCAAGGAUCAUCAGCCAAAAGACACUUGUGUUUACUGGUCUACAGAUACAGUGCAGAUCUUUGGAACAUUGGCAUAAGUCUACUGAUUCAAGAUGGUCCAUUUCUUAUAUGCAGGAUUAUUCUGAUGGCAUACUUCAACGUGAUUAACCAGAUGUUGGUCUUUUUUGCUGCAAAAAACACUCUUGUUGUGAUGCUGCAACUGUAUCGAUUUGUGGUAUUGUUGAUAGACUUCCACACCUCUUUGGAAAAUCAGGAAGAAAAAAUUGCAGAAGAAUGCUGCUGUCCAUGUGAGUCCACUAAUGGUCCAGCAGUACCUUUCAUCGAUGCUGAUACAGAAUCAAAGAGCACAGAAAACAUCAAUCCAGCCAUUGCGCUUUCUGAAUCUCUAUCAGAAGAUCUUUGAAUACUGUACUGUUCAUUUGGAUGUACUACCAUCUUGUGUCUAUUAAACUCCUCAAGUUUCCAAUGCUACCAAAGAGAAUGUUUAUGCAUUGGCAUGUGUUCUCCUCAUAAAUGACAUUCACUGUAUUAAUAUGAUAUGAUGAGAGACAGGUAACAAUCAGUGCGAUCCAAGAUAUGCCACAUUGCUGUUUAAUUAUACAGACAUAUUUGUGCUUAGUACAAAACACUGUGACAACCGGAGCACUGUGCAGAGCUUGGAAUUAAAACAUUUGAACUGUAA